CUCGGCACGGCCCGGGCGGCGGCGAGGAUGCAGCACCCGCUGGAGCUGGGGGCUGCGCACUACUUCCCGGCCGAAGCCUUUCCCGACCACCGCUCGCACCGCUAUCGCAGUUUCAUGAUUGAGGAGAUCCUCACCGACCCCCCCGACGCCAAAGGCGCGGCGCCGCCCGGGGAGCUGCUCAAGUUCGGGGUGCAGGCGCUGCUAUCGGCGCGGCCCUACCACAACCACCUCGCCGUUCUGAAGGCGGAGCCGGCGGCAGUCUUCAAGUUCCCGCUGGCUCCCCUGGGCUGCUCGGGGUUGGGCUCGGCGCUGCUGGCCGCCGGCUCGGGGCUGCAGGGCGGCUCCGCCUCGCCCCACCUCCCGCUGGAGCUGCACCUCCGCGGCAAGCUGGAGCCGGGCGGCCCCGAGCCGGGCAGCAAGGCCAAGAAGGGCCGCCGCAGCCGCACCGUCUUCACAGAGCUGCAGCUCAUGGGGCUGGAGAAGCGCUUCGAGAAGCAGAAGUACCUCUCGACGCCCGACAGAAUAGACCUGGCCGAAUCGCUGGGGCUCAGCCAGCUCCAGGUGAAAACCUGGUACCAGAACAGGCGCAUGAAAUGGAAGAAAAUAGUGCUGCAGGGGGGAGGCCUGGAGUCCCCCACCAAGCCCAAGGGCCGCCCCAAGAAGAACUCCAUCCCCAGCAGCGAGCAGCUCUCGGAGCAGGAGCGCGCCCGGGACGCCGACAAACCCCCCGAGAGCCUGGGCUCGCCAGCUGAGGUCAGCCAGGAGGAGUGAGGGUACGGCCCGGCCCCACCGCCGCCGCCCGGAUGC